GGGCGUCUCGGCGUCUCCUGGGUCCAAUCCGGUCUCAGGAGCGAACACGUUCCCGGGCAGGCAAGCGUGAGAGAGGCCAAGACGACUUAAAGACGAGCAGCGGCGAGACGUGCUCCUCCGCGCCCUGCGCCUGCCUGGGCUCGCGCCUCUCGGCCCCCCGCCUCCUCCCUCCCCGGCCGCUCGCCCCGAUGGCCGCCCCCGAGCCCCGGGGCUCGGUGCGCGGAGCCCUCUGCAGCCUGCUGCUGACCCUCGUGGUCUUCAGUUUUGCUUGUGAAUCCUGCAAAAUGGUGAUAUUUAAUAUACCUUCUAAACUAGAGGCAAACAAAAUGGUCGGCAAAGUUGAUUUGAAAGAGUGCCUCGGGUCUGCAGAUCUCGUCCGGUUGAGUGACUCUGAUUUCAGAGUCCUAGAUGACGGGUCAGUAUACACGGCCAGCGCUGUUGAGUUGUCUGAUGAGAAAAGAUCGUUCACCAUAUGGCUUUCUGACACGAAGAGACAGACACAGAAAGAGAUUACUGUGCUCCUGGAACAUCAGAAGAAGGUGCUGAGGAAAAGACAUCUUAAAGAAACUGUUCUCAGGCGUUCCAAGAGGAGAUGGGCUCCUAUUCCCUGUUCAAUGCAGGAGAAUUCCUUGGGCCCCUUCCCUCUGCUUCUUCAACAAGUUCAAUCUGAUGCAGCACAGAACUAUACCAUCUUCUACUCAAUAAGUGGGCGUGGAGUUGACCAAGAACCUGUAAAUUUGUUUUUCAUAGACAGAGACACUGGAAAUCUGUAUUGUACUCGGCCUGUGGAUCGUGAAGAAUAUGAUGUUUUUGAUUUGAUUGCCUAUGCGUCCACUGCAGAUGGGUAUUCUGCAGACUUACCUCUUCCACUGCCCAUCAGGGUGGAGGAUGAAAAUGACAACUACCCUAUUUUCACAGAAGCAAUUUAUAAUUUUGAAGUUCCAGAAAGUAGUAGAAUUGGUACUACAGUGGGGGUGGUUUGUGCCACGGACAGAGAUGAACCAGACACGAUGCAUACACGUCUGAAGUAUAGCAUUUUGGAGCAGAGGCCAAGAUCACCUGGGCUCUUUUCCGUGCAUCCCAGCACAGGCGUAAUCACCACAGUCUCUCCUUAUCUGGACAGAGAGGUUGUAGACAAGUACUCAUUGAUAAUGAAAGUACAAGACAUGGACGGUCAAUUUUUUGGAUUGAUAGGUACAUCAACGUGCAUCAUAACAGUAAAAGAUUCAAAUGACAAUGUACCCACUUUCAAACAAAGUGCUUAUGAAGCAUCAGUAGAGGAAAAUACAGUCAAUGUGGAAAUCUUACGAAUAUCUAUAGAAGAUAAGGAUUUAAUGAACACUGCCAAUUGGAGAGCCAAUUUUACCAUUUUAAAGGGCAAUGAAAAUGGACAUUUCAAAAUCAGUACAGACAAAGAAACUAAUGAAGGUGUUCUGUGUGUUGUAAAGCCACUGAAUUAUGAAGAAAACCGUCAAGUGAUCUUAGAAAUUGGAGUGAGCAAUGAAGCUCCGUUUACUCGAGAUGUUGCACUCAGAAUGGCAACUGUGAACAAAGCCUUGGUCACAGUUCGUGUGAGGGAUCAGGAUGAAGGGCCUGAAUGUAGUCCUGCAGCCCAAUAUGUACGGAUUAAAGAAAAUUCAGCAGUGGGGACAAAGAUCAAUGGCUAUAAAGCAUAUGACACUGAAACUAGAAGUAGCAAUGGCUUAAGGUACAAAAAAUUGCAUGAUCCUAAGGAGUGGAUCACCAUUGAUGAGCUUUCGGGAUCAAUCAUAACGUCCAAAACCCUGGACAGGGAGGCUGUGACUCCCAGAAAUGACUUGUAUAAUGUUACAGUCCUGGCAAUAGACCAAGGUGGUAGAUCAUGUACUGGCACACUUGUAGUUAACAUUGAAGAUGUGAAUGAUAAUCCACCGGCAAUACUUCAAAAUUAUUUAGUAAUCUGCAAACCAAAGAUGGGUUAUAUUGACAUUUCAGCUCUUGAUCCAGACGAACGUAUCCAUGGUGCUCCGUUUUAUUUCAGCUUGGCAAACCCUUCUCCAGAAACCAGUAGAAUAUGGACCCUUACCAAAGUUAAUGAUACAGCUGCCCGUCUUUCCUAUUGGAAGAAUGCUGCAUUUCAAGAAUAUAAUGUUCCUAUUACUGUAAAAGAUAGAGCAGGUCAAUCUGCGACAAAAACCUUGAGAGUUAAUCUGUGUGACUGUGAUUAUCCAAGUCAGUGUCGGGCAGCUUCGAGGAGUGCAGAUGUGACGCUUGGAAAAUGGGCCGUCCUUGCGAUACUCCUGGGUGUGGCAUUACUUUUCUCUGUGUUGCUAACUCUAGUAUGUGGAGUUGUUGGUGCCAGAAAAAAAAAAUGUUUUCCUGAAGAUUUAGCACAACAAAACUUAAUUAUAUCAAACACAGAAGCACCUGGAGAUGAUAAAGUGUGUUCUGGCAAUGGGUUUAUGACCCAGACAGUCAACAACUCUAGUCAAGGCUUUUGUGGUACUCUGGGAUCAGGAGUCAAGAAUGGAGGGCAGGAAACCAUUGAGCUGAUGAAAGGAGGACACCAGACCUUGGAAUCGUGCGGAGGGGCCGGACACCAUCACACCCUGGAUUCCUGCAGGGGGGGACAUGUGGACACGGACAACUGCAGAUACACUUACUCAGAGUGGCAUAGUUUCACUCAGCCCCGUCUUGGUGAAAAAUUGCGUCUGUGUAAUCAGAGUGACGACCACGUGCCAUCCCAAGAUUACGUCCUUACAUACAACUAUGAAGGACGAGGAUCUCCAGCUGGUUCUGUAGGUUGCUGCAGUGAAAAGCAGGAAGAAGAUGGCCUUGACUUUCUAAAUAAUUUGGAAGCCAAAUUUACUGCCUUAGCAGAAACGUGCACAAAGAGAUAAUGUUAAAGUGCUACAAUUAGGCGUGUCUUUACCAGACAUUCUGGAGGAUUCCAAAAGGGAUAUUGUAAAAUUCAAUUUCAAUUUCUAAUAUAUAUAUGAAUAUAUAUAGCGAUUUUUCUAAAUUGUGAAUUGUGCCAUUUACCAAUGUGUAUUUUUAUAGCAGUUUGUUGCAUAUCUUUUCCAAGAAGUUUAAAAUGUUAAAACAUAUUUUGCCUUUUUUACCACUGAGUAAAUAGACAAAUCUUGUGCUGUAGCAUUGAAUUAAGGUCUAUGAAGGACCUGCUCUCUUUUAUAGCUAUUUUCCCAGUGAAUAGGUUGGGUAGAUAUUAGUCCAACAAUAGCUAAGCUGUACUUGAUUGAAUAUAGCAGAACAGCUCUCUGGGCCAGAAAUUCUGUUCUUGUUCCAGAGUUAGAUUUAAGUGGAAUAGGAUUAUAUCAAACACAAUGGCAAAUGAUGUUGGAUCUUUUAGCUGUAAAAAACCAGUAGCACCUCAUCAGUAGCCCUUAAGACUACUAGAAUUUGGUUUUUCUUCUGGUUAGCAAUAAGAUCGUGAGGAGCUGUCUUGUCUACUCAGUUGCCCUAGAAAGAGCUCAAAAAUAGAUAGCCACGACUUUAAACUACACCAGGAAAGUGUAGACCAAAAAUUUGUGCUGUUUUUGUGGUUUUGAAAGUGUGUUUUGUGGUUUACAAAAGGAUUGUUAUGAGGAAUAUGUCUAAGUUUUCUGAUUCUCAAAAAACGAAACUAUAUUCACCGUACAGAGAGUUAUUGCCAAUAUUUUAAAAGAAAAAUGCUAAGAUCUUCUAUUGAGAUUGUAAUCACAAGUCUUAACACUUUUUUUCCUGAGAUUCAAGACUACUAUUGAUAACUUGCCUGUAAUGAAAAUUAUGCUGAGAAAAAGUUACUUUUCUUCUCUAGGGUAUUGUACUUUCAUAUUUCCAUUUACAAGCUUAGCACAUAUGACAGUUUUCUCUCGAUAGUAGUCAUUUGCAAUUAGAAUAUGUUAGCUCCAGGUGGAUUGUGGUUAUGUCGUAUAGUCUGAAGAAACAAGCUCCCAUCAUAGUUAUGAGUAGGAACGAGGGGUAAGCAUGCAUCUCCAUUCACUACCAUUAUCAAACAAAAUACAUUGCUCCUUAUUACAGCAGGUAAAUAUUACAAAAUACUGUAAAGAAUUAAAAGAAUGUAGUGAAACUUAAGCCGUAGGUGCAAUUUCAUAUCUUCCAAGAUGUUGCUUAAAUGUAGUGCUUCUCAAAGUUGUUCAUGUGAUGGAGACCCUGGAAGACCUUGCAAACUACCCCAUAGCGAUGGUGUUUAAACUUCUAAUAACUAAUGUCUAAUCUUAUGAUAAAUCUAGUAUCACAUUGUUGUAUUCUCAUUUCAAGUGACAGUAUAAAACAUAGCAACAAAUAUUAGGUAUCACUAGUUGAAGAAAAUUUUGGAA